CCUUCCUCCCCCUCACGGCCCCGUCGUCGUCGACAGAGCUGGCCAUGGCCAUGGCACGCGUUCACCCUCCACCGUUUGUUGUCCUGCCUGGCCAUGGCACUCGUCAUCGUCCUCUUGAUCGUCCUGUGCCAGGGCGUCCCUCCAACCUACGACCACGUCAGGUCGUUCGAACGGAACCUCUCACAACACUCUGUCACUGUAGACAGGACCCACCCUCGUUACCUCCGUUUCCCUGGUCACCUAUGGGGACACGGCCUCAACAACGUGCUGCAAGAAGCACUCUUGAUGUCGUACCUCGCAUACGUCUCCAACGUUUCAUUCGUUUUCGAAGAUUACACCUGGUCACAUACCCCAUUACCCUGGACCAUACACGGCUUCGCCUUGCGCCCAGCGCGUAUACCCCUUAAUGCCAUUAUAUCCGGUCCGACAGCUGGUGGACCGAUGUCCCAUGAUUCACAAGCCCCACUCGCAGUCAGUGCUGAUUUCUAUGAGCGUACAUGCGGCGGUCAAGAAGCCAAACCAUAUGUGCUCAGUUCUGCCUCUGCCCCAAAUGACGAAGACGGCACCACCAUCAUCGAGUGGUGGACACAACAGCUUGUGUCUGUACAGGAGCGAUGCAUAGAAAUAGACUCUACACCACACGACCUGUUUGAUAGAUUCCUUUUCGGCGGACCUAGAAUUUUAACCCUCUGGGAAUCACUCACAUCUUCACCGGUUCUUUCUGAAUUCGCUUGGUCCCCGAUCGUCCAGUCCGCCGUAGCACGCAACUCUGCGCUCCUUCAAUCUGACACCAUCAAAAAUACCUAUGGCCCUUCAUCAUCUUUUCAGGGUCUUGUCGCAGUCCACCUGCGUCGCGGCGAUUAUAAACGUCACUGCCCUAACCUGGCUAAGUGGGGAGCCAGAUACAUGGGAUUUAAUCAACAUCCCUCCUUACUCGACCGCUUCGACCCCUCUCCAUACGAAAAUGACAGCGCGUCGAAGGAAGGGUAUUACCUUGCACACUGUCUACCUACAACAAACCAGAUCGUCUCCGUGUUGAGGACCGUGAGGCGAGAGUACCAGUUCCCAAAGCGCGCGAACGCUGAAUCGGAUGCGGAACAAUACCACGUGUCCAUGGCGGUAGACAUGGCCAUCGCCGAAAGGGCUGAAGUAUUCAUCGGUAACGGGGUAAGUGUUUUCCAUUCUGUUACUGCCGUAGCAACAGGUAGUAAUAAGCUGUUCAAGUUUUCGAGUCUGUCCUCCAACGUGGUACUGCUGAGAAUGGCCAAAGGGAUGGACGUUACGAGUAAUCGGUUCUUGUAACCUUCGCAAAACUUGACUCUGUCGUUACAGCGCCAAAGGAUUUCAUUGUAGAUUGUUGACAGUUGAUGAUGGCCUUUUAUAUUGUAGGGAUGAUAUGCCACUUGACCGGAAGGGCCACACCUCAGGUUUAGUGAUCGAGAUUACACAAUAAUGCCCAGAAAGCAUUUUCCGAUCGUGGAGAGAUUCACUCAUACCUUCA